CCACAAAAAGGGAUCUUGGUUGUUGCCCUUGUUCAUUCAUUUCAUGGUUAUAUGGAUACAAUAAAUGAAUUGGAAGGAACAAUAAUUACUACUAGCUAGGGGGUGUUGACUCUUAUUAAAAAUAAAUAAAAACAUUUAUGGAUCCAUGAAAUGGGGAGGGUAGAUUUAAAUUUGAGAUCUUGAUCUAAGAAUGUAAUCUGGUUUUGUUUUGUUUGGACGACAUGGUGGAUCGUGAAUUCUUGUUAUUUUUCUUCUCAUUUUCAUGACUAGUGAAAUUAAGAUUAGUUUUGUUAUGAGUUCAUAGGAUUUAUUUACGUAGUUUGAUGAUAAAGGAAUACAAAAAAUGUGUUGUGAUUCGCAUUGUUCUCUUUCUGUUAUGUGGAGAGAUUGUUGUAUCUAUUGCUGCAUUAUAGCUGUCCUUUGGGGGCUGCUUCGACCAUCAUCAACAUAAGAGCUUUUGGGAUAAUAGCGAUAUGUUUGUUCAAGAUGAAGUUUGAAGGGGGUGUAUCAACGACAAGGAGCUAAGUCAUGUACAAGAUACCGAUAUCUCAAGCUCGCAUUGGGAGAAGGGAUUCAUAGUCACGAGGUUGUUUUGUUGCUUAUGGAUUAUUCAAUUGUCAUGUAUGUUACCGUAAUAAAAAUUAGCAAAUGACUGAAAUUAUGUCAUUAGAAACCAUAAUCUUAACGAAUAAAUGUUAUUUCGAAGUAUUAAAUUUUAUAUGAGAUGAAUCAUCUAAAAUAUUGUAUUGUGUUUGGAAUGCUACUCUACAUCAAUCGAGGGGAGUGUAAAGUUGAAAAGGUUGGAUUAUUGCUUCUAUAAAUAUGGUUAUUCUUUCUAUAUAUUUUUUACAGUAAAUUAUUCUUUCUAUACAAGCAUCACUUUUUUCCAUCUUGAUUUCAUGGUUUUCAUGAUUAGGUAAAAUAGUAAUUAUUACACACUUAACUCUUUUUAAGGUGUCGUUGUCUCUCGAAAAAGGCCAAUUCCUAAUAUUAAACAAAAUCAUUUUCAUUUUUUAGUGAAAUACCAAUAGCAAAUUCAUUGUUUGCUAGCUAAACUAAUUAAUAUAUUGUUUUUGUAUUUUAUCGAUGAAAGAACUAAUUCCCCCACUAUACCCACAAGGUCACAAUCCCCAACCCAUGUGGGAGAAUAAAGUAUGAGAAAGAAAUAUAACACGAAAUUAUUACCCAAAAUACUAUUUAUUAUAUUCCUUAGCAUGAUCUUACCCAAUUAAUCUAAUAAUUAACCCAAAAGAGCUCCAUAAAUGAUUACAAAGGUCCACGUGGUUUCGGCACAUUGGGUCUUUUUUAACCUUUCGCUAUAAAUAAAUCUUCUUAGGUGUCACUUUUAUUUUUACCUUUCUCCAUGUUUAUUUGUACUUUGUACACGACGUAGGAUGGAAGGAAAAUAAUAAUAAGUAAUAAUUCUUUUUUACACUCAUUACUAUGGUCUAUUCUCCUCCACUCAAGCUCUGCCAAUUGGUGGUAAAAAAAACUCAAUUUCCAAUUAGUGAAAACUUUAUCAUUAAUUAAUUUUGUUAAUCAAGAUUUGGGUUGAGUGAGCUCAUGAUUUUACUAUGAUCAUCAUCAUCAUUGAUCAAUCGAUACUUUCCUUAGAGGCAUGCCAUGUGUAUGGAAGACUAAAUUACUCUAAUUAACAUGGAUAUAAGUAUUGAAGUCAUCUUUUACCUAACUUGAAUUGUACACAAUCUACCCACUAGUAUUAUUAUAUUUUAAGGUUUGAAAUGAAUUUUUGCAAGAGAUAAAUAGAUAUAAAUUUUUUGAUUAACCAUAAGAAGAUAGAUUGGGAGACAAAAAUUGAGAGAAAGCUAAAUUCUUUUUUAUAUGAACAAAUGGUUGUACCCAUAAAAAACGAGUUACUAGCAACAGCAUUGCUAGUUAUGCAAUAAUGUAAUGUUAGAAUCUGAUUUCUAUCAACUAUAUCCCUUCUAUGUGACUAAAUUCUUACUGUAAAGAAUGUUAAAUAUAAGGAAAUGACAGGUGAAGCUAAAUCCGUGUAUCAUAGAUCUUGAUCACACUUGCAAGUUGCAACGAAAAGAACUUUCUUACUACGCAUAUUUACAUCUUUUUCUCAAUUAUAUUUUUUCUUGCUUCUAAUUUUUCACGUGCUUAUUUUUUCGUUCUCGAAUUAACACUUUAUGUUACCACUUACACACUAUCUAAAUCUUAUAUAAUUUGUUGUAUUUUGUCGUAAUUGUGAUAAAUAUAAUACCAGAUUGUUGUACUAGAUUUGAAAUAGCAUAUCAAAGAUGUAGCCUCAACAACUCUAUUAUGACUUAUAAACAUUUAUGUCAUAAAUUCUACAUGAUUUCACCUAUUAAAAAUGUACUUGUUCACCGUUACUAGACCUAUUUAGUUCUAACUUUUGCACACCAUAUUCACACGUUUAUGACUCACAUUUUUUUUUAUAAUGAUUGUAUGAGUUUAUACUUUUUGUGGUUAGAUACUAUUUAUAAGAUCGAACAUGAGAUCUCCAGAUUCAAAACUAGUGGUACUCUCUUCCCAUUUUACAUCUUUGAGAGAUCGAAGUCAUGUGUACUGGUAAUUUCUUCACAUAUCUUCAUCUAUUAUUCCAUUUCCUUUUUUUCAUGUGGGUAAUACCCUAAGGUUGUGGGGUGGGUGGAUUUGAUUAGUGGGAUAUUUGUAAAUUCGUGGCUUGGUUUUGUGGUUAUGUGAGGCUGUGGGACUGAAGGGGGAACCGACGAUAAGCAAAGCAAAGGCCUAAAAAAAGGCCAUUGCAAGAGGACACAACAGAAUGAUAGAGAGAGGGAAGAUGAACAAGACUUGUUCCUUUUCUUUUGAUGAUAGAGAGAGAUUCACAGCUGUUGCUUUGGAUUAUAAAUAAACGGAAAAGCCAACAAACAAACUAGAUGGAUGGAGUGAGAAAGUGUCGGUAGAGACUUGUUAAGACUUUAGAGAGAGAGAGAGACUGAGAUCUUGCGAUUAUGCCAGCCCUCCCUUAUUUGGUGCAAGCUAAUACGAAUUGAUCACCAAUUAUAACAAGUAGGGCUGCCAAAUGGUUAUGGGUUUUUCCCCGGUUAACCGAAAUGCAAUCGUGCGGUUAGUGAUUGAUCGUAAACCGCUUAAGAUGAUUUUUGAAAGAGAAUGAAAUAGAACUAGGCAAAACACACACGAAUUUUCAGCAUACGCUUAGAUGUUUAUGGAUGAUUUUGCUAAAAUGAAAUAAUACAUUCACCUAUACAUGUGGCUAUUUGGCCUCUUGAUAUCACUCACCUCCUACCAGCUUGAAAACCACUCAUUAGUCAUAUAAUGGAUCAGCCCAUCGCGUCAAAGUUGGCCACCUUAAUUUGAUUGGCCUUUCUCUUUGGCUCCAUCUAGGUCUUGCUAAUUAAGCUUUGAUUUCUUGAUAUUUGGCUGUGUGCAAAUCGGUCCCUUAACAGCUAGUUUUGCUAGCUGUCGGUUUGGGAUUGCUUUGUUCUCCCCUCCCAACCACCUCUACUCUUAUAUAUGCAAAACAGCUAGUAAUUCCCCUUAAUGCAUCAGAUUUUAUCAAAACUUUGAAGUUAAAAUGUGAUUGGAAGAGAAUUGUACAAAGAUGGGUACCACCUUGGAAAGUCUUUGUGUUGCACCACUUUCAAAAGCAAUAAAAGAAGGAUUUGUAGUAAUAACGAUAUCAAGAAAGUACAGUGAACUAGUGGUAACAAAUGUCUGAACUCCGAUAAUACUUUUUGAAAGUCUCAUUUUUCUCUUAAGUUUCUUGUUCGUUUCAUGUUUUCUAUUUAUCUGUUGUAAUUAAGGUAUAGCCCACGAAUUUUAGGUUGUUGUUCAAAGAAUAUGGGACAAUGCUCGUUGUUCUUUCGCUAAACAACUCGGUUUGGAUUGCUGAAAAAUAAAGUUAGCCAAUCAUAGGUUAAUUUUGUUUAGUUUUGAAUGGUGUAGCCCUUAAGUAAGUAUAGACAAAUUGGUUGGAUUAGGCUAAUGAUAAAAGUUAUUGUUGAAGCCUCAUUGCUCUUACUAAGCCGACCUUGAGUAAACCCCUCUGGUCCUACCUGAAUCGUCCUUGGGCGUAUGAACAUAUCAACAAAUGGCCUUGUCGACCCGAUAGUAUAAUGACGAUAAGUUAGAGCGUCAUAUUCUAGAAAGAUAAAUGCAUGUGAUGUGUGAGAGAAUCAUACCUUCUCAAAAAGUGCCUGCAUUCCCACUAUUCAAAGUCGAGAGUACUCCAAUUUUUCCUACUAUUUCACAUAUGAAGAUAUUUAAUGCUCUAUACUUCAAGUUGAUCGUGCGCCUCGACAGCAAAGUAUUGUUGCAGAUCAAAACGGGUGCAUGACGUAUGACUCCCUAUGGGCGAUUGGUGUUGUAUCACGUCCCUAUUAUAAGUGGGCCACACCAUGACACUAAUGAGCGGGCUUGUGAGCCUUUCCUUGUUUUUUUGUACGAAUGAGUUCGGUCACCUUAUCAUAAGUCUAAAAGCUACGAUUUCACAAUUAAUUAAUUUAUGAUAGAUCUCAUAUUUCACUCAACUACAAUGGUUUAAAAUGAAUGCCACAUAUAAUUAUCUUAUAGAUUUUUCCAUGUGCGUUGCACUUUCACCAUACAAAACGCAUCUUCCCAUUUGACUUGCUUCCUUUGUAUAUAGUUAGUUCCCAAUACCUUUCACUAUGGCUAGAAAUACACAAUCACAUCAUGUCUCGUGACUGCUAAGUACUAACUAUUGAGCUAAUAAGACAGUAAUAAUCUAUGACCCAAGGGAGGGACGAAUUUACUACGACGUUUGUUUGUAAGACGAAUAAGGUAUGUAGAAUAGAUAGAGAGGGUAACUUCAACUUCAAUAGAUAGAAAGUUGUUUUUGCCUAUUUUUGGGUCUAGUCCUCUAAAUAGGUCAUCAUGACUCAACGGUCAUGUGGUUUUGGUUAGCCUUGACCAAUGGUUCGUCUCAAACCAAACCGGAUCGAAUUCAACUUAUGUUGUUGAUUGAAUUGAUUAGAUUAGUGUAUCUAUAUCGGUAACAAAUAAAUUGAAUUUAUGAAUUGGUGGAGUAAAAUGAUGGAUUGGAUUGGAUUGAAUUGGUGGAUUCACGGAUUCAAUUGGCAUCUAAACGUUGGACUAUCAUGUAAAUUUUGAAAAGUUCAUGCAUUAAAAUGUCAUUAUGAAAAUUUUAGGUACCAAAAAAUAUUUUCUGAAUGAUAUAUUAUGGUAGAAAUUUAAAUUUAGGUAUCGAAUUGUAGGUACUAAACUGUAAUAUUUCAAAUAUACAUGAAUUCAAGCGAAGAUGGGCCAAUUAAAGAACGUAAGCCCGUUACGAUUUACAUAGCCCAACCCAUCAAUCAAGCAGGCCCUUAUAAUUUGUGUUGCAUUGUUUCGUUCUACUCGCCGGCCUGGCGGAAUCUCAUCAUCGCCAAUAUAACAAUGCCACGUGGACAGAUUCCGUGCCACAGAGAACCCACCAGAGAGACCUUUUUCUUUCAAUUUCUUCAUCACUUCCCUUUCCUUUCUCCCAAACAAAACGGAAGAAUAAAGAACAGAAGGAUCAUCUACCCGCUGAAAAUCCAGUCUUUCUUCCCUUCAACCGUUUUCUUCUUUGGGUUCCCUCCACAAUGCGAACCAUGGUAAUCAACUUGCGCCACCUCCCAUCUCCGCCCUGCAUCGCCGCCUCCAAUCUCCACCACCACUUCUCUACUUCUUCUUCUUCUUCACCGUCCACCUCUUCUUCUUCGUCCACUACCUUCCUCUGCCGCACUAAGCGCUUCCACUUCCUAUCCCCUUGCUCGUCCCUGAAGCAGACGCGGAAGAAGCCGCAGCAGCAGAAGAAUGGAGCUCCUCCUCAGAGCUUGCGGUGGUUCUUGAGCCCCAAGGGGGACGAUGAAGACGAGGGAGGAGGUGGGAAGAAGGUUGUUAAGGGAGAUGGCGGGGAAGGAGGAGGAGGUGGGUUGGAAGGGGAUACGGCGAUGAAAGGGACGAUUCUUGCUGGGAUUUUGCUUGUGGGAGUCGUUGGUGGGUUCGGGACUGUUGGGUAUGUUUACAGGGAUCAAAUCAAUGCGUUCUUGAAUCAGUUCUCUGGGUUUAUUGAAGGCUAUGGAACAGCCGGAUAUGCUUUGUUUGUGGCAGUAUAUGCAGGCUUGGAGAUUCUUGCAAUUCCGGCAAUCCCAUUGACGAUGUCGGCUGGUCUUCUUUUCGGACCUCUUGUUGGCACCAUCAUAGUCUCAAUAAGUGGAACAGUUGCAGCAAGUAUUGCUUUUCUAAUUGCUAGGUAUUUUGCGCGCGAGAGAAUCCUAAAACUUGUUGAAGGAAAUAAGAAGUUUCUUGCAAUCGACAAGGCAAUUGGCGAAAAUGGCUUCAGAGUAGUCACGCUUCUUCGAUUGAGCCCAUUGCUCCCAUUCUCCCUCGGAAAUUACUUGUAUGGAUUGACAUCAGUCAAGUUCGUGCCGUAUGUUAUGGGGAGCUGGCUCGGGAUGCUUCCAGGCACAUGGGCCUACGUGAGUGCUGGUGCAUUUGGCCGCGCUAUAAUUCAAGAAGAAUCUGAGAUUGGGUUGACUGGAGGAGGAAAUUACGGUCAGCUAUUGACACUUGGGCUGGGAUUGCUUGCAACAGCAUUUGCUGCAGCUUAUGUAACACGGCUCGCCAAGGAUGCUGUGAAAGACAUUGACGAAUGACAUUACACUGUCAAGAGUUGCUGCAGAGGAGAUCGAGUAAGGAGGAUGAAUGAAAUUAGACAGUUAAAGAGUUGCUGCAGAAGAUAGAUGGGAAGUUGUGAAUCACAACUGAUACCUUCCCUGAAUAUCCAUGUAAAGAUCGCAAUUGUAUAAUUUUGGUUCCUUAUAGCUUUCAGUGAAAGGAGUAGUUAAAUGAACGGCCAAUUUGUGUAAAUGAGAGUUCACAUUUGGUUCCAUAUCUCAUAACCCUUUUCAGUGGGGAAACAGGAGGGUACUGACCCACAAUCUCCUCUGACGAAACACUCAACAUACGAACAAUGCUCGAGGCAAGGAUAAUAGGAUGCUUGAAAACAUGAUAUAAUGUUGAAAUGUUGGAUGGAUUCUAACAGGUUUUUCACUUUUUCACCUUGCAAGAGAAUUGAAAUAAAUGAUAUAUACAGGU